CCUUUGUUAUGAUAUGAUGUCAUGAUGAAUAAGGAAUAUCAUGUAUUUCUGGUUAACAUUUAGGACUCUCAUUUUUACUAAUUUAUAUUAUUCAUUCCUAAAGAUUGUGCUAAAAAAAUUAAAUCAUUAAGAUAAACAUCAAAUUAUUACCGAAGAUAAAUUUUCACUAAAGCCAUGGCCCAAAAGAAUAUGGAACUGCCAUUGGAACCGGAAAAUUACGAGGAGCAAUGUGAAACUCUGGAAACAGAAGAGAUUAAUAAACUUGAGGAAGGAGAUAACUUAAAUGUAAUUCCACUUCAGUUCAUAAAUUUGGAUAAAGAAUUAGUGGAUGGAACCAGAAUAGUGCAAAUUAGUUCACCGAAAAGUUUGGAAAGUGACUGUUUUGAAGCAGGGGGUCAUAGAGGGAAAUAUUAUAAGCAAACAUAUAGACGUGCCUGGGAAAAUAUGCCAGAUUUUAAAGGUUGGUUAAAGGGUGUUAAAGGUCAGCCAACAAGAGCAUACUGCACUUUCUGUAGAAAAACACUACAUGCCCAUAGGUUAAGCCUGUUAAAGCAUACAUGCACUAUAAGACAUCAAAAAGCUGCACAUUACCAAACAUCAGAGAAAGAGCAAAAUUAUAAUUCUAUGACUCCAAUUUCUUUGGAGGGUGUGCUAGUUCCUGAGAAUGAAGAUGUUAAUGAUGACAAAUCAGAGAAUGCUUACAUGACUCAGGAAGGCCUUAAAGAUGAUGAGGAACAUGCUUUGUUGCAAGAUAAUAUUGAUUCUGAGGAGUGUGAAUAUGAGACUGUGCCAGCCGAAGAAGAAUGCGUUAGUGAACCAACUGUUCCCAGCCAAAUAUCAACAACGGUAACGGAUUCAAGUAGGGGCGGUUCCGUGUCUGGACUGGCCGUUAGUCUGUACAAAUUGGUCGAGGGCCGAUGGACUUUUAUAGACGAACGCUUGACGGAUGCUAUGGGCCGAUGCUCCGAUUUCUUUAACAACCGGAAGUUUACCCCCGGCCGCUAUAAAUUGCAUCUUGACGUCGAUAGAUAUUUCGAGUCUAAGAACGUCGAAUCUGUGUUUCCUUUUAUAGAGAUUAUUUUUGACGCUGGUUCUAGUUCAAAAUACCAUUUUCCAGUGUUAUUGGGUCCUAACACUUACACUACCUAUAGAGCCUUUAGUGACUAAGUAUUUUUUAUAUAGUAUCAAAUUAUAAUUUAAGUAAAAUGUACCAAUAAAUAAUUGGAUUAGAUGAUUCCAAGUUUUGUGAAUUAUAAGAAAAUCUGAGUGAAUAAAAUGUUUUAGUCUAAUUAAUA